UCCGCGCUGAUGCCUGAUUUAAAACAUUAAAAACAGCCGAGAUUUAAAAUCUCAGUUUAUUUAGAAACACAUGAAAAACGGGAUUUGCACCUGAAACCAGCCGAACCUGAAACCAAGGUCCGGUUCUGGAGAGAAACCAGCACCAUGAACGAGGAGGAUCAUCUGGAGGGGAGUGAGGGUGAGAGUCUGGACCAGAACCAGAACCAGGACCAGGACCAGGUCCGAGUCCAGAACCACGGAGUCCAGAACCACGGAGACCAGAACCAGGUCCAGGUCCAGCCGGAGGACGGUACCGACCAGAACCCCGGUGACGACGUCCAGCAGGUGGUGGUGAUCAAAGAAGAGGUUCCUCAGGGAUGGAUCUCUGGUCCGGAUCAGCAGGAACCAGAAUCCCUCAACAUCAAGGAGGAAGUGGAGGAAGUCUGGACCGGCCAGGAGGAACCGGAGCUCGGUGGAACUCCUGCUGUGAAGAGCGAGGACGACGAGGAGAAACCUCAGUUCCAUCCAGAAAUGGGGGGUUCCCAGAACCGUAUCCUAGGCAACCAGCCCAAACCAGAACCCGUUCCCAGUCAACCGAACCCCGAUCCGGCCUCGGACUCCUCGGAGACGGAGGUUAGCGACGAGGACGAGUGGCAGGAGCCGGGUUUUGGUAGCACGGCCCCUGAGUCGGAGGGUUCUAGCGCCGCUAGGAAGAUCUUCCACUGCUGGGAAUGUGACAAGCAGUAUUUCUACAAGCAGUCACUCCAUCGACACAUGAAGUGUCACGUCACCACGGCGACGGCUAACUUUAGCGAGCAGGAGGAGUCGCCCGCGAGGGUCGAAACCGAAGAGAAAACCUUUAUUUGUGACGUUUGUGGACAGAGAUUCAACCAGAAGACGAAUCUCCGGACCCACAAACGGGUUCACACCGGGGAGAAACCGUUCGGCUGCGACGAGUGCGGGAAACGGUUCAACCAGCAGGGGAACCUGCAGAGCCACAAGAGAGUUCACACGGGCGAGAAGCCGUUCGUCUGCGACGCCUGCGGCGACAGGUUCCGGCAUCACGGGAGCCUGCAGGCGCACCGGCGCCUGCACACCGGCGAGAAGCCGUUCGUCUGCGGCGUCUGCGGUAAGAAGUUCGGCCGGAAGGUUCACUUCGAGACGCACAUGAGGGUCCACACGGGCGAGCGGCCGUUCGGCUGCGGCGUCUGCGGCAAAGAGUUCAGCCACAAGACGCAUUUCAAGGAGCACGUCCGCGUUCACACGGGGGAGAAACCGUUCACCUGCGACGCCUGCGGGAAACGGUUCCGGCUGCAGUGCAACCUGAAGCGGCACAUGAGGGUCCACACCGGGGAGAAACCCUUCGGUUGCGACGAGUCCGGUUGCGGCAAGACGUUCAGCUGCAAGUCGCACCUGAAGAGGCACGCCAAGGUGCACACCGGGGAGCGGCCGUUCGGCUGCGACACCUGCGGCGAGAGGUUCACGGAGCCGAGCAUCCUGAAGAGUCACAUCCGCGUCCACACGGGGGAGAAGCCGUUCAGGUGCGACGCCUGCGGGAAGACCUUCAGUCAGCAGUGCACGCUGAAGAGACACCGGGUCGUCCACACGGGGGAGAAGCCGUUCUGCUGCGCUCUCUGCGGCGUCCGGUUCACCCAGCAGGGGAAUCUGAAGAGCCACAUGAGGAUCCACAGAUGACGGACGAUUGUAAACCAGAUCUCAUCUUUAAAACAUUCAUUUGAGUUGGACGGAGUCGCCGUUAGCGGACGUAGUCGUCCCCGAGCUGCCGGCCAGGAGCUUGGAGUUAGAGAACGGUUCUGGUGACGCUUUCAGCUCACCUGAUUCAAAUGAACGGGUCGUCUUUGGGUCGGAUGUGUUGAAACAGGGAAACCUCUAAAACAUGCAGGACAGCGGCGCACCUGUGGCGUAACAGAUGUCUGGUUGGUGCGAGAGAAAACGGGCCGGUAGUCCGCGGUUACGUUGGUGCGAGG